AUUCCAGCCGCUGACCCCAUCCUUACCCGGCUCAAGUAGAGUUCUGGGGAACCGGAAAGAGGCUAGUUAGGCUAGGGAGUACGCGCCGCCAAUUAGCAUUGAAUAUAGGUCUCUCAAGGGGGAGGGUCUCGGGGCACAAGACUAUUCCCGCGGAGUAAACGAGAAUGGAUGUGCCCGCUCGACCCGUUGCAACAAGCGACCCUGUAUUAGGCAGAGAAUACACCACAAUACUUCAUUACCGUAAUAUUCUGGUGGAAACGAUCAGCAGAAAUGUUUUACACUUUUCAAUCAAGUUAUGUGAAAAGAAGUUAAUUUCUAAUGAAGUAAACAGUGAGAUGGCUAGUAUGAAUCAUGUCGGAGAAAAGGAGAAGGCUGAUAUACUGUUGAAGAAAACUCUUACUAACUUGAGCAUUUCGGAGCCUAAAGAGAAAUUGUUUCAUGAGUUUACAGCCAUAUUUUCUGCCGAAGUUUCCGAGGGAAUGGAAGAGUUCUAUACAGCUUUAAAGAUGAUUGAUGAUGCUGUAGAUGCCAUUGGCCGCACACGUUCUGCAUCUGGAUGCAUUGCUGAUGUUGAUGACAUGAGUAUGCUCUACAAAACUCUCAAAAUCGCUGUGUCAAGGCAAUCCAAUGAACGUACAAUCUGUCACUGCUCUUUUCAAAUGGACUUGACUAUUCGACUUUAUCCCUUGGUUUUAUUUGGUACUGCUGCUUGGUUUGCAUGCGGUGUUGUGCCUGCAUGGAGCCUAGGAUUUGGUGGUGGUUUAGGUGGGCCUAUUGGUGCUGCUGUACUUGCCGCUGCUAUGGAUAGGUUUGUAGGUCAGUAUGCCACCAGAGGGUUUGACGUCAAUCGUGAUGGAAUGAUCGUUAUUCCUGGCAUAGAAAUAUUACAAUCCAUCCCCAGCAAAAAUGUUGAUGACGGAUCAAAGAAAAAACUUCAUACCUUUAUUCAUACUUUGCCACAUGAUUAAUGUUUUUUUUUAUUA